AUGGUUGAGAAGGACUCUUUGGUUCAAGGCCCAAUAUGCGUGGCUUCGACUCAAGUGGACGAUGCACAGGAUAUCCGACUCAAUGUCCAGUCAUCUCUCCAACAAAGUCGGGAUCUCUCAUUUGUGUCAGCAAAAGAGAGCAAUAGAAUAGAUCCACCUCUUAAUUACGUGAAAGGCGCGGAAUGGCCUCCGGAUUUGCUGGAAGGAACAUCAUCACCGCAUCGGCUGGACCCUUACUCUGUUCUGCCUUCAGCAGAGCCAACGUACGCCACUGCCAUCUAUCCGUUCUUCAAUCUUCGGGAUCCGUCUACCACUCUGUUCCUCUCAUCAGUCCGUGAUCACCCAAUUAGACUCGCGUCUGCGCUUGUGCCCACCACUGUGGCAACUUACUCGCUUAUACAUCCGACGACAGAGGCAUUCAUUACGCCUCACUCGAUGGUGUAUCCGCAAGCCCUGGGCGGUACGCACUUCCUCACUGGAUCUGAUAGCCUGAUAUGUCUUUUCGACGUAUCCCGUCCAGGGAGUGAGGGCCCCGUCGCAUGGAUGCCUACAAUACCCAGUAAGCGUAAGCAAAUGGUAGGUGGAGGAGUCGGGAUGAAGGGUAUCAUCUCGGCUAUGGCCAUCGAUCCUGUGGGAGAUGGUAUCUUGGCUGCGGGUACAUUUUCGAGGCAGAUAGGUCUGUAUGGGGCCAAUGGGACUGGAGAGUCUCUCGGGACCUUUAGCAUUACAAAGACGGACGCUCAUCGCCACAUUGGCGGCGCCGGGGUCACGCAACUGCUUUGGAGUCCCUGCGGAAGAUAUUUGUAUAUUGCUGAACGGAAAAGCGACGGGGUCUUAAUAUUCGACACCAGAGUCACCGGGCAGCUUCUUGGCUGGCUAGAAGGUCGAAGGGCUGUCACAAACCAACGCAUGAAGAUCGAUGUUGUACCUGUCGCACAGGGCGAGUCCCAUGAGAUCUGGGCUGGAGGAACUGAUGGAUAUAUGAGGGUAUGGCGAAAUCCUACACACACUGCCGGACCGCAAAAAUGUGACUGGGAAUGGAAGGUCCAUGAUGGUAAGCAGUGA